AAUGCUCACAGUUAUGCAGAUUGCAGAAUGAUUUCAGUCCAAACACAAAUAAGGAAAUGCUAUUUGAAAACAAUAAACAUAAUUAUAUCAAAAGCUUGUGCAAACGUCAAACACACUUCACUCUUGACAGCCUUCAGACAGGGGUUAGAGAUGGGAUGGCUGCACCGAUGGCUGGUGAUCACGCGAUCACGGUGAUUGAUUGAGGUAGCUGACAUGACACUGAUAGUUCAAUCGGUGAGGUUAUUCUGUAUUGUUAUUGUUUACUAUUUUGAUAAAAAUGGAACACCUUGCUUUUGGUACACAAAGACUGGUACAUUUGGAUCUUAAAGGUGCUCCCCCAAAAGUUAGUUAUUUUGAAAAGUUAUUUCCUUUCAUAAAGGAUAUUGGCGCAACUGGAAUAUUAUUAGAAUGGGAAGACACAUUUCCAUAUACAAAGGAGCUUAUCCAAAUUGGGGGCCUAUCGGUCAGUGCUCAAGCAAAUGGAGCUCCAUACUCUUUAGAAGAAGCUCACCAAAUACUUGAGCUAGCUGCAGAUUGUAAUUUGACUGUAAUACCAUUAGUUCAAACAUUUGGACACAUGGAAUUUGUCUUAAAACACGAACAGUGGCGUGGAUUGCGGGAAGUAGAGGCAUACCCUAGCUCCAUGUGUCCGAGCAAUAGUGAAACAAUGCCUUUGGUGCGGAGCUUGAUAAAGCAAAUUGUUGCAUUCCAUCCGAAUAUUCAGUAUCUCCAUAUUGGAGGUGAUGAGAUAUGGCACAUGGGGAUAUGCCAUGCAUGUCAAAAAAGGGUACAAACUAGUAAAUAUGGUAAGGCUGCAUUGUACCUGGACCACAUCACUGAAGUCGCACAAUAUAUUAAAGAUAACUAUCCUAAUAUUAAGAUAAUUAUAUGGGAUGAUAUGUUGCGAAACAUUGAUCUCAAUAUUUUACAAGAAUAUUACAUCGGCAAUUUAGUAGAACCAAUGAUAUGGCACUACAACUCCUCGGACACAUUCCAAUUGGGCGGGGCGCUGUGGGAGAAGUACAUCAACAUUUUCAACAAUGUAUGGGCUGCCACGGCUUACAAAGGGGCCACAAGCAGCUGUCAGUUGAUUCCUGUAGUCAGAUACCACAUCAGCAAUCACGAAGCUUGGCUGGCGGAACUGGGGAUGCAUGGUGGAAAAAUAAUGAAUUUCAGGGGUGUGAUACUGACAGGAUGGUCGAGGUUCGAUCACUAUGCGACGCUUUGCGAGCUGUUGCCUUGCGGGGUACCGUCGUUGUGCUUGUGUUUGAAGACAUGGUUGGAUGGAGGGUAUACGCAAUAUAUGCAUGAUAUAGUUGGAAAACUCCUAGGUUAUGAAGAAAAUAGCUUCCCAAAUGUGGACAUUGUUCAACCAAAACCAUGUCUACCUCUUCCACAUCUGAGUUUUCCCGGUUGGCAGGUAUUUGUUGGUAUUGAGUGGUUAGCAAAUCUACGUUUGCGAUAUAAGAACAUCAUCAAUAGUGACCAGAUCCUUACAUGGCUCAACAGCUGGCAAGUCGCAAAUAACUACACGAAUCCUAUGCAGAUUGAUGCUAUUUUACCUGUGAUAGCCGAGUUAUUAAUAGAAGUAACUUCGAUUGAAAACUACAUGAAAGUAAAUUUGGAUCAACUGUAUUUCAACCACACGAUUGAAGAGUUGAUUGGUACAUUGAUAACCCCUGUGAAGCAACACUUAAGGCAAAUAAAAGCAGAUUGUGAGACUCAAUUGACCUUUGGUUGCAGGGUGAGAGGGUAUAAAAAACUGGAUCUUUAAUGUUUCUAUGGAUCACAUGUGUAUUUUAGCUGAUAAGUUUUAAGUUCAUCCUUGACUAGCUAUUUCAGUUUAACUAUAUAGUAUAUAGAAUUUCGAAUAUUUUUAAAGAAUUUUUUUGCUUCCACUUUAGAGCAAAACAUUAUUUUUUUUAGUAUGGAGUAUGUUUUAUUAUAGGUGACAACAAACGUUUUACACCAGCAAUGUGAAAAUUAAGAAACCCUAUACAAUUGUACAAAACUACUGUAUGGUUGAAUAGUCAUACAUGAUAAGUUUUUCUACAGUCUAUUCGGAAUGGAAUUUUUCAGUUCUCCUUUGUUCUUUCAAGUUGGCUGUGUACCCGAUCUGGUGGUUUUUUAGGUAAAACAACAACCAGAUCAGUAUCUCUGAUGGCUUUUAAUCGCACCACUCCGCCUGGGCCAAGUCGUUCCUUUUUGUGAUUCGAUUCUAUGGUCUCGAUUCCGGCUGCGGAAUCGAUUCCUUCCAUUCGUUCACGACUCCGAUUCCUUUUGAUCCCAAUUCACUGUAAAGUGAUUGCAACGCAAGGGAACGAAACAUAGUAUGUUUUAUAUACCGUCGGUAAUCGAGUCUACCGUAACUUAUAAAAAAAAUUCGAUGUUUUCAAUAAAUGCAAAUCUCAAAUUUGCUUCUGGUAGUAAAUAGGAACUAUUUAAUUCAAUAUUGCUAGUGACAGAAGAAAACAGAUUGGGCAAUUUGGCGAGAUUACACGUCAUUUUUGUUGAUUGAAGAAUGGGAUUCACUCCCUGUUCAUCAUAUGUUCAUUUUACGUUCACGUUUUAAGAUGGGGUUGAGGAGUUCUCACGUAAUUAGGAAACAUCGAUUCUAUUCCAAGUGCGUAAAAUAUUUGUGUUAUGUUAAAGUAAAAGCAAGUAAGGACAAAAAGGUGACGUAUAAAAUAUAUUUAUGGGACAUUCCAUGUAAAGCGGGCAACGUAUAAAAAGUGAAGUUUUAAAAUUCGUUUAUAUUAGGCUUACACCUACUAGAUGUAAAAAAGAAAACACGAAUUUUCUGUGUAUUAUGUGCUAAGUUAUCGGCUUCUAAAGAAUGGCUGGAAUUGCAAUUGAGAUGUGGUCGUAGUAUUUUUCCGAAUUAAAGACUAUUACAUUGAGAUAUUAGUCUUUUUUUAAUAAAAAAAUCAAAUUUAGAAUUCAUGAAAUUAAGGGGUAAACCGGAAGCAAACCUUUCAAAACAAAAUUUGGGUGACUGACCCUUUUUUACUCCAAAAUAUAGUCUAAUUUUUUCAACUUAAAUAUUUUAUUUCUGUAACAAAAACGAUGUAUAUGCCGACAUUAUUUUGUGUUUUACUCUUCUUUAGGACAAAAAUUUUCACAAGUAAAUGAUUCUUAACUUCGUAUAUGUUCCAUUAGCCAAAAAGCUACCGAUGGAAAUUCUUCCAAAAUUUACCUCAUCACAAUUAUUACCGAAACAUAGCUAAAGGAAGCCACAAAUUGAGUCUUCUUCUUUUUAAACUUAACACCACUUCACGCCAAGUUAACCUGCUUUCUGUAAUUUUUGAAAGACAGACAACUUAACACAGACAUACGUUUUUAUGAUGUGUAUGUCAAAAUAUAAUCAAAAAACAUUUGAAACUUCAACAUUUCACAUUUAUUUGGUAUUUGCGUGGAAUAUAAAACAUUGAAUUGCUACCAAGCAUACAUUCAACAAUCGUUUAUACUCCAUAACUUAUACCAAAUUACAUUUUUUCUCAUUUAAAUCCGCUGAAAUCAAAAGCGUUAGCGCGACUAUUCUUAGUGAGGUAUCAGCAUUAUUCAAAUCUGAGCAGCAUCGUUCCUUUCAAACAAUGUACAAAUCCGAUCCGACCCGGUUGGAAUUGAAACCACCGGAAUCGAUUCCCUCCUGAAGAGCAAGUGUAUUUUAGAAAGCAACAACUUGAGAGAUAGAGAGACUCGCAUGGCGGUACCGUGGUGUGUGCCCAUGGAGACGACGUGAUGCAACCAAAAGCUAUAAGAGAUACCUUCCUGAUUUUGUUGCUGCUCCAAUUAAAAUGCCACCAGAUGGGGUACUAAGGCAGCUUGAGAGAACAAAGGAGAGAGGACCUGUGUAGGAUUGAAUUUGCCUUUAGCAGUCGAUUCUGAAGGUAGGUUGACAGAAUGGAGGAGGCGCGGGAUUAAAUCCCGCCAGCCAGUAUUUUUCAUAUCUCUAAAACUGUCAUUUUCAAAAACACACACGCUGAUGCGGAUGCACUUAUCCGAAAAAUCGGAUUGAUUUUGCACUUGACGUUUUUAAAUGAACAAAUUUUCAUUAAAAGAAGCAUCUUGUAUUUGAAAGGGUGCUUAUUGAUAUAGUUUUGUUUAGACACAAUUCCUGUAAAGAUAUUGUCUACGUUCUUCAAGUAUUUUUUGUAUUAUUUAUAUACAUAUAUGGAAUGAAAUGUGAUAAUAUGUGUAUUAAUUACUAUAAAUGUAUGAUAUAUUUUUAGUAGCUUUCAGUCGAAUCAUGUGAUCUUGGUAAGGUUUAUUUCAAU